AGCACAAGCAGAAACCCUAUUGCCCUCCUCUUCUAUACAUAAUGAAAAGGUUUGCCCUAGAGAAACAAAAUCAAAUCAAAUCUAAUCUAAUGGAGGGUGGGGCAGAAAAGAAGAGAAGAAGGGAAAGGAAGAAGAAAAAGAAGGAUUUCGAGUGUGAUGGCAAAGCAGGAGGUGGUCAUGGACGGCCGGUAGAAGUCAGUGCUAGUGUGAUGGGGUUGUUUUCUGAAUUCGCGUUUGCAGGUUGUUCAGGGGGGACAGAGCAAGCCUCCUCCUCCUCCUCCUCCGCCUCCUCCACUCGACCUUCCAUCAAGAAAGUCGAAAGGGAAGAAGAAGCUCAGAAGAGGAAGAGGAAGAGAUCGCCCAGGCUCACUGCUGCUCAAAUGCGUGAUGUGGCAUACCUCAGGAGACGACCCAACAACCGUUGGAUUCCGCCCAGAUCUCCUCACGAGCUUCUUCAAGAGAAUCAUUACCAUGACCCUUGGAGAGUUCUCGUCAUUUGUAUGCUAUUAAACUGCACAUCAGGUGGCCAGGUCAGACCAAUUUUAAAUGACUUCUUCACCCUAUGUCCUGAUGCAAAGACCACCACUAAUGUUGACCAGAACGAUAUUGCCCAGCUAACACGCAGUUUAGGUUUCAAAAACACGAGGGCUGAGAAGAUAAAACGCCUUUCUGAGAUUUACUUGCAAGAGGACUGGACCCAUGUCACCUUUCUGCCUGGUGUUGGAAAGUAUGCCGCUGAUGCAUAUGCAAUAUUCUGCACAGGGAGGUGGGACAGGGUGGUGCCAGAGGAUCACAUGUUGACUAGGUACUGGGAAUUCCUUCGCAAGGGUAGAUGGAUCAUAGAAUAGAUGGAUUGUCCCUGUUUUGUAUUUUGAAGAGACAGAUCACCUGGGGGUUUGUUUAUACUAUGUUUAUUGUGUCCCUAAUACUAGGUCUUUUGAUGCCAACUGUGUGUGGCAAAUUAAACCCCCGAUCUGUGUCUAGCUUUGAAUAGCCAUUCAGGUAUAACUAACUAAUGGAGUAGUAUCCCAGCUAUGUUUGGACUGAGAUAAUGUAGGAUUGGCUAUGAAGUACUGUUGAAUUUGAAGUCUUUUAAGAUCUCAGCUAUGUUUGGACUGAGAUAAUGUAGGAUUGGCUAUGAAGUACUGUUGAAUUUGAAGUCUUUUAAGAUCCCAGCAAUGUUUGGGUAAUUACUCGAAAAACUUCUCUAAUAGUAUUUUCAAGGUAAUGCCAGCUUGAAAGGAA